AUGGCACAUGACGCCAUGAGUAGGGACCUGGGCCCGAUCGAGGCGGUUCCUGUACCACCUACUCAGACCUAUUCACGGUAUCGCAGUCUGCGCGGCAAGAGCGUGUCAUCGCCGCGUGACUUUGGUGUAUUUCGGGAUGACGACAUCCCCCAAAGCGAUUCAAUCCACGCAGGGCUGGAACAAAGCAAUAGUAGUCUGAACUCGCUUAGAUCCCGUUCCAAAAGCGUUUCAUAUCACGGCAAUGCAACAGGGUCCAAGGAUCCCCCGCCUGUCGCGCCGGCGCCCGCAAGAGGCAUACUGAGCCCUAGGUCCAUCAAUAUUUCCGCCCCGUCUGGCCGCAAGAUUUUAGGGAACAUAAAAUCUCCCAUUUUUAACUCGGCAAUUCCGCCUUGGAAAUCGUUUUCCAAGAUCAACAAGUCAGCCAAUAAGGACGAGGGUGGCACAGACGGGGACUGCACGGCGGCGGGUCCUCAAUCCCAGAACCAGGUCGACCAUCAAGAGUGCCAAGAGGGCCAAGAAGAGAGCAAACAGGGCCAAGAGGAGGGCCAACAACGCAGUGACGACCGGGGAGACUCCGUGCAGCUGCCAAAGGCCGACAGCGCAAACGAGCCUGCGGGCGAGGACGAGCCCAAGGAGCCCAGGGACGACAGCACCGUUUCGGACAUCAAACAAGAAAGUGACAAGGACAUUGACGACCUGGCAAAUCACUUGGCUGAUGAAGUCGCGCGCCUUGAGGCUGAGACUGAUAGGAUCCUUGCUGAACAAAAGAAGUUGGACAUUGCGCGACUUCAAGCCCAGCUCGUCACACCUCCGCCAAAGCCCAAGCGCCAACUACUUGACAAACUCAUCUUCUUCUCACGAGGUAAACGAUCGACGGGUGGAAGCCAGCCUGGGACACCCAGCACAAUAGUGUCGGCCAUCUUCUCACCAGCCACCAGCCAUUCCAGCCGUGACGCCCGUAUUGAGGAACCAGCAACACCCGGUCUACCUGCUCUAUCUGCUUUCAAGAUGAGUUUUAUUGCGCCCGGAGGAAAGGGUAUUGUUCCGCAAACCGAUGCGCCGGUGUCUGCUAGCAACGGCGGAGAGCGAUGCUAUUCCGCCCUUGGCCUUGAGCGUCGCCUCCGUCGCUAUGAGCGCGUUCGCGACGUCAUGAACUCUUGGGACCAGGACAAGCAACAUUCUCUGCUCGUCAUAAAGUCCGAAUCCCCAAACAGUGACCUGGACCUGGACUUGCAAGCUGCCCCUCUCACCAAGGAGCCUCCCCAGGGUUUUUCCAUGCAAAUGCAUCACUCGUCAAAGACUGGCAAAUGGACCGAGCGCUGGGUGACGCUUCUUGAAAACGGCCAGAUUUACGCUGCCAAGUCGCCGAAUGUUAAUGCCUCGAGCAAGGAUAGUAUUGUCCUAUGUCACAUGACCGACUUUGAUAUUUACUCGCCCAGAGAAAGUCAGAUGCGCCGUCAUCUCCGGCCGCCAAAGAAGUUUUGCUAUGCCAUCAAGAGUCAGCAAAAGCCCGUCGUAUUUGCCAACACCGAGAACUUUGUCCACUACUUCUCGACGAAUGAUGCACAGCAGGCAGCCCGGUUUUUUAAAAAGGUGCACGCCUGGCGAAGCUGGUAUCUUGUCAAUCGAAUGGUAGAUCUUCAGGAGAAGAGUCGAGUUUCGCAAAUCGCGCUUGGUCCCAAGAGUAAUAACAGUGAAAGCCCCCAAAAGAGCAUUAACAGUGGUAGUACCAGCGUACGGGCUUCUACCAUUGCAUCGCAGAAGGACGAGCCUCUCAUGAAUGUCGAUGCAUUCCGAAUGAGUCAGAUUGUCAUCACGCCCGAGGAAGCAAAAAGCAGAAGAUCAGUGUCUGUCAAGUCGAAAUUGUCGGUUAAUCGCUCCGGCACUGUGAAAAAGAAUAUGCUUGCAGACGUCGAUUUUUCCAAGACUGUCAAGAAAGCUGAAUCGGAAUUCGCAGCAGGCGGUUUGCUAGGCAAUGCCUAUGAUGUUAAAAUCAAGCAAAGCGAUGCUGCCUCUGCGGCGUCCAAGGCUGUCUCAGAUGGGCCCUUUACCGAAGCCCCGUCUCUUUUGAACGGCGGCAUUUCCAACUCCUCAUCAGGUGCUCCUGACAAGUUCAAAAAGCAAGCUGAGGAAGAAAAGAAGAGGCCUGAAGCUAUGUCUUGGUUCCCCUCUGCUGCGGAGCACUCAGCUCGUAUUCGCAGUCAAUCCUUCCACCCACAGUCGUCAUCAUACCAACAGCGCAGACCAAUGACUGCCGACACUGGGGCCAGUCGCUCAGAGAAGCAUCCUGGUCCUUUGCUUAGCUUCUCAAAAGACUUUCCUGAGCCUCCACGAUUUCGCGAAGGCCCAGCCGGCGUUAGGCAAGCUCCUGGUCAGCCGCUAGUUAGCUACGCAACAGGUGGCACAAUGAGAGAGCCCCGUGAUGGUGCUCCCCGAAGGACCAUGUCUCGCCGUGGAUUACCGGCUUCACAUGGCGCUGGUUUUACUGGCCAACCGCCGCCGUCCCCCCAGCGUCCCUCUCUAUCUCUAGUAUCUCGUGCUCGUAGCAAGACCUCUAGUUCACCAAAGCGACUCAACACUGUUGAUGACCGUUCCCCUCCUACGCCAGCUACAUCUAGCCGACGUCGCCCACAUCAUGCGCAGCCUUAUAGCACGCAACCGAAUCGUCCUGAGCCGCUGGUGAACCGGGCAAAUUGA